AUGCGCAUUUAUACCAUUGUAAAUGACAGGCCACCGGCAUCCUCUUCACAUCGGUGAUUGAGAUGGGUGCGAAGAAGAGCAAGUGUAGUGAGGAUUCGAGCGGCGAAGUCAAUUUCGACCAUUUUCAAGUUCUUCGUGCUAUCGGAGGAGGAUCGUUUGGGAAAGUUUGCAUAGUGAAGAAAAAGGACACUAAAGAAAUGUACGCAAUGAAGUACAUGAGCAAAACCAACAUAAUUGCAAAGAAAGCUGGGAAUGAUGUGCUACGCGAGUUGAAGAUUCUCACUACACUUGAUCACCCGUUUCUUGUCCGGUUGUGGUUUUCUUUCCAAGACGAAGAAGAUUUAUUUCUCGUGAUGGAUCUGCUUCUGGGCGGAGAUCUCAGAUUUCAUUUGGGCCAGCAGAAAAGAUUUUCUUUAGAGAGUGUGAGACUUUACAUGGCGGAGAUGGUGUUGGCCCUGCAUUACUUGAAGGACAGGAACAUUAUGCAUCGUGACGUGAAGCCCAGCAAUAUGCUGUUGGACGACGGAGGUCACUGCCAUCUCACUGACUUCAGCGUUGCUUUCGUCGUACAGUCGAAACGUCUUCCUAAAUCUAUUGCCGGAACUCGUCCUUACAUGGCUCCGGAGAUGGUUGGACAGGAUGAACACAGUAAGGGAUAUUGCUAUGCUGUCGAUUGGUGGAGUCUAGGUGUGUGCCUGUUUGAGCUGCUAAGAGGAAAGAGACCAUUUUGCCUUCUUUCAACAAUGGAUGAUACAGAAAUGGCAGCUACAAUAACUACUUCUCCCAUAAAGUUUCCAACUGAAUUUGAUCUUGAUGCCAAAGACCUUGUACUAAAGCUAUUAGAGUCGGAUCCUACUCUCAGAAGGGAGCAUGUGAAGGAUAUUCAUUCUCACUCUUUCUUUAAGUCUUUGGACUGGAAUCAAGUUGAGCAAUUGAAAGUACAACCGAGCUUUGUACCUUGUAGGAAUGAAGUGCAUUGUGAUCCUUACUUGGAGUUUGAAGAAUUGUUGGUAGAGAGUAAACCUUUGCACAAGAAGAAACAGAGACUAAAGAAGAUGCCAUCAAGAAGUUCGUCUGUUACCAAAUUAGAGCCUGCACCGAAUCCAGACUGUAGAGUUUUUCGGAGAAGUGCUUCCCACCAACCCAAGGUAAUGUACUUGUUUAUGCUAAUACAUGGGUGUUGAUGGUGAUGGCAUUGUUGGUGAGUGCAUGUGCACUUGCAUGCUUGUUGCAUGUAUGCAUGUAUCUGCA